GCAGAGCAAAUCCCAUCCUGCACAAAUCCAGCUGCUCGAGCAGAAUCCGCAGGAGGAGGAGAGGGUCGGACAUGGGGAGAAAUCAGCGCUGGCCCGUCUGAGAUACAUCGGCGAUAUUGUUUUUUUUAUUUAUAAAAGGAGAUAAAAAACCGAGAGGCCUUAAGGAAAAAAGGAAAAAAAGGAUAACAAAAUCAUUCCUGUGCACAGAGACACACCAAAAAAGAAGUAUUAUAUACAUCAAUGGACUGAAUGAAGACUGCCUACAACGCCUAUCGAUGCCUGGUCAAGGAGGAUCUGGAUGCUUUCGCCAUGAACCCGGAGAUGACAAUGGACGGCAUGGGCGGCCUGCACGGCGCGCUGAGCGCGAGCGGCCAUGAUCACGAGCUGAUGAGCGACCACAGCCCGCAUCACGCACGCAGCAGCAACACCACCACUUCCACUUCGUCGUCGUCGUUGCGGAUACACCAGGAUCUGGCGUCGCGCUCAGCGAUGGUGUCCGGCAUGGCGACCAUCCUGGAGGGCGCGGGAGAGUACCGAGCCGAGCUGUCUCUACCGCUCCAUCACGGGAUGAGCAUGAGCGUGCCGUGCGACACGUCGCCCCCCGGUAUGGGCAUGAGCGGUACCUAUACCACGCUGACCCCCUUGCAACCUUUACCGCCCAUUUCCACGGUAUCGGACAAGUUCCACCAUCCUCACCAUCACCACCACCAUCAUCACCACCAUCACCACCACCAGCGGCUCUCGGGCAACGUGAGCGGGAGUUUCACGCUGAUGCGGGACGACCGGGCUCUGCCGGCUAUGAACAAUCUCUACAGCGCGUACCACAAGGACAUGAGCGGCGUUGCGCCGAGCCUAAGCCCGCUCGGUAACGGCUUGGGCUCGGUGCACGGCGCGCAGCAGAGCCUGCACGGCUACGGCGGCAACACCGGCGCUGGCCACGACAAGAUGCUGGGCUCCAACUUUGACGCGCACGCAGCCAUGCUGGCCCGUGGGGACCAGCAGCACCUGUCCCGUGGCCUCGGCGGACCCGUGGCGAGCAUGAUGCCGCCGCAUCUGAACGGCAUGCACCCCGGCGCCGCGGUGCAUCACCCACACCCCCAUGCGCCCGUGCUGGCGGCGUCCGGCCGGGACAGGCCGCCCUCCUCCUCUUCCUCCUCCUCCUCCUCCGGUAACGGCGGCGCGGGGGCGCAGCACCAUCAGCAGCAGCACCAGCAGCAGCUCGAGGAGAUCAACACCAAGGAAGUGGCGCAGCGCAUCACCGCCGAGCUGAAGCGCUACAGCAUCCCGCAGGCCAUUUUCGCUCAGCGAGUGUUAUGCCGCUCGCAAGGCACGCUGUCCGACCUGCUGCGCAACCCCAAGCCGUGGAGUAAACUUAAAUCGGGCCGGGAGACCUUCCGUCGCAUGUGGAAGUGGCUGCAGGAGCCCGAGUUUCAGAGGAUGUCCGCGUUAAGGCUUGCAGAAGCAUGCAAAAGAAAAGAGCAAGACUCCGGCAAGGAGAGGAGCAAUACACCAAAGAAAUCGCGCCUGGUUUUCACCGACCUUCAGCGGAGAACGCUAUUGGCCAUCUUUAAAGAGAACAAGCGCCCGUCCAAAGAGAUGCAGCUCACCAUUUCACAGCAGCUGGGACUGGAACUGAGCACUGUUAGCAACUUCUUCAUGAACGCGCGCAGGCGGAGUCUGGACAAAUGGAUGGACGAAGGCAGUCCCGGUGGAGCCUCAUCCGCUUCCAGCACUUGUACCAAAGUCUGAUUUUUUUUUUUUCUCAAAAAGC